AUGGCCCCUCCAAAAGUUUUCUCGCUCGAAGGCAAGGGCCUCAAGCUCGACACUGCAGAGCACAUAGAAGCCCAGAUCCAGCCUCUGCUCGAGAGCACAGACUUCACCGAAGUCCGUCUGGGAGGAAACACGCUCGGUGUGGCCGCAAGCGAACGUCUCGCAUCCGCCCUGUCCGCGCAGAAGAACCUCGAAGUGGCCGAUCUGGCUGAUAUCUUCACCUCCCGUCUGCUCAAUGAGAUCCCGCAGGCCCUAACGGCCCUCCUUAACGCUCUUUUGGAGAUCGAGACUCUGCACACCGUUAACCUCUCCGACAAUGCCUUCGGACUUAACACGCAGGCGCCACUCGUCGAGUUCCUCUCCCGCCACGUCCCUCUGCGCCAUCUUAUCCUGAACAACAACGGCCUGGGUCCCUUUGCCGGUACAUAUAUUGCGGAAGCGCUCACCAGGCUGGCGGAGCGCAAGGAGGAGGUUCGCAAAGAGGGCAAGGAGGCCCCGCUUUUGGAGAGCAUUGUUUGCGGCCGCAACCGGUUGGAGAAUGGUAGUAUGGAGGCGUGGGCGCGUGCCUACGAGGUACAUGCAAAGGGUAUGCGCUCCGUUAAGAUGACCCAGAACGGUAUUCGUCAGGAGGGUAUUUCGCAUCUGUUGAAGGAGGGUUUGCGCCACGCCAGCGCGCUCGAGGUUUUGGACCUGCAGGACAACACUUUCACUGUCAUGGGAUCUACGGCUCUUGCUGGUGUUCUUGGGGGUUGGGCUUCGCUGCGUGAGCUUGGGGUUGGCGACUGUUUGCUCUCUGCGCGUGGCGGUAUUAAGGUCGCCCAGGCUCUUGCGGAGGGUAAGAACGAGAAGCUCCAGACGCUGCGUCUGCAGUACAAUGAGAUCAAUGCGGAGGGUGUUAAACAGCUCCUCCGUGCCACCCGGACAGGAUUGCAGGCGCUGCGCCGUAUUGAGUUGAACGGCAACGUCUUCCUCGAAGAGGAUGAGAACGUGAAUGACCUGCGCGAGAUCCUCGAAGCACGGAAGGACGAGCACGGCAACGAUGAUGACCCCGAGGACAUGUGGGGUGUUGACGAGCUGGACGAGCUGGAAGAGGAGGAGGACGAAGAGGAAGAGGAUGAAUUGGACGAAGAGGAAGAAGAAGACGAGGCCAAGCAAGCAGAGACCGAGAAGAAGAGCAAAGACGUCGAUGAACUUGCUGAGACUCUUGAGAAGACUGGCCUGUAG